AGAAAACUUCAAAGAGAUAAGAUGCUAAUUUUUUAAAAACAAAAAAUCAAAUUGAACCUUAAAAAAACAAAGCCUUUCAUUUGUGCACCUAAAAAACUGAAAUCGAUGUUAGCCAUUGAGAUGAAAGGCUUAAUUUAGCCCUCAUUUUUUAUCUCCAAAUCCAAUGAUAACGGUAUCAGAACUGCAUGAACUGAACUGAAAGGGUGAAGAAGAAGAAGAAGUAGAAGAAGAAGAACAUGUAACGGUCUAUUUCGUCUUUCUAGUUAUUGGUUGGUGAGGACAACAAUAACAGAAUCAAGGUUUCCUGAAAAAGAAAAAAAAAACAUCUUGGGUUUCUUCUUCCUUGGACUCCUCGAACAUCCUCGGUGUCAAUGGAAAUCAAUUCUCUAUCACUCCCCUCUUGUCGUAUGCCUUCUCUGCUAAAGGACUCUCGCAGCAGUGGUUCCCCUCAGCAACAAAACAAGCUAAUCUGGUGGCAGAAUGACAAAGGAGUAAUCGGUGGUAAGGACAGCAGUGUAGAUUGCUCUUCAUUAGUUCAAAACUCUUGUAGGAAAAGAAUGAUUCAUCAAUCUGAUGGGGUUUUUCAUGAUAUGAAUGUUGAAGGUUACAUGCCAAAACAGACCUCUUUGUGUGUUUUGAUGCUACAUUACACAGAGAAUGGCUUUUUUCCUCAAGCACAGACUGUAUGGGAGCAGCUCCUAAAUAGCUCUUUUGUUCCUUCUGUUCAAUUCAUUUCAAGAUUAUUUGAUGCUUAUGCAAAACAUGGGAAAUUCGAUGAGGUGAUCGAUACCCUACGAUAUGUAGAUAUGAGGAAUUUCAGUAUUUUACCCGAUGUUUACUCGUUGACCAUAUCUUGUUUUGGAAGAGAAGGACAGCUUGAGUUGAUGGAAGAUAUGGCAAAGGAAAUGGCUUCAAGAGGUAUCCAUAUCUGUUCUAGAACUGCUAAUGCUUUCCUUUUGUAUUGUAGUAUUUUUGGUUCUUUGAAAGAGAUGGAGAAUGCGUAUGGCCGCCUUAAAAAAUCUAGAUUUCUGAUAGAGAAGGGAGCGAUUCGCGCUGUGGCCUCUGCGUAUAUAAAGGAGAGAAAAUUCUACGAAUUGGGUGAAUUCCUAAGAGAUGUGGGUCUACAUAGGAAAAACGUAGGAAACCUUUUGUGGAACCUUAUGUUACUUUCUUAUGCUGCCAAUUUCAAGAUGAAAAGCUUGCAGCGAGAAUUUGUCAGAAUGGUUGAAUCUGGGUUCCGUCCGGAUAUUACGACCUUUAAUAUUCGUGCUCUGGCCUUCUCAAGGAUGGCUUUGUUCUGGGACCUCCACCUUAGCAUUGAACAUAUGGAACAUGAGAAUGUCAUUCCUGAUCUAGUGACUUUUGGGUGUGUAGUUGAUGCAUACUUGGAUAGAAGGCUUGGAAGAAACUUGGAUUUUGCUCUAAACAAAAUGAACUUGGAUGAUUCUCCGCGAUUAUUAACAGAUCCUUUUGUGUAUCAGGCCUUAGGUAAGGGGGACUUUCAAAUGAGUUCUGAAGCAUUUUUUGAGUUCAAGACACAGAGGAAAUGGACUUACCGUGUUUUGAUACAGAAGUAUCUCAAGAAACAUUAUCGAAGGAACCAUAUAUUUUGGAACUACUAAUACAUAGUUCCAUUCAAAUUCUAGGCAAGUAGUUAAUUGGAAUACUCUUUUACUGAAUUGCUAGCAAAACAGUGCUGCAUUCACUAUGUAGUUGACUCGAAACGAUACUUGAUCUAAAAGUUUUUGAUUUCGUUUAUAAAAGUUUUUUUUAUAAGAGAUUUAAAA